UGAAGGAAUGCGGGGUGGCGGAGGUACUUAAGUCGAUGUGACGGCCCUUGUGGCUCUUUUCCAGCAUCAAACAAUAAGAAUAAUUGAAACUCAAGAUUUGACAGUAUGACGACUUAUGAGGGAAGCUGCCUUUGCGGUCAGACGGAGUGGACGGCCACGUUGGAGAAGGACCAGACGGAGCAUGUUCUUUGCCAUUGCGAUACCUGCAAGGUCCUUUCUGGCGGCGCUUUCACAAUGAACCAGAUCAUCCCCUCUUCCGCGUUCAAGCUCGGGAAAGGCGGUAAACCUGUCCACUGCUACUACUGCCCCAAUUGCACCACCCACGUCUACCAUCACCAGACUGUCCUCGGGGACAAGUACAUCCUCCGUACUGCAAAAAUGCCGUGGGAGAAGGAGGUUGCGACGACGUUUGAGACGCUGCCACCGGAUAUGUAG